AUUUUCAAUAAUUGUUAUUUACCCAAAAUGGUUGAGGAAGAAGGGAAAACCGAGUCACUGCCUAACUGGGCCGAGUUAACUCAGUUAUGCCUCGUUAACAUUCUCUCUCGUCUCUCCAUUGAAGAUCGAUGGCGAUCUGCCAUGUUUGUCUGCAAGCUAUGGUUACAAGCUUGUAAGGAUCCAAAUGUCAACUCGGUAAUCGAUCUCGAAACUCAGUUCAUCGAAUCGGUCACUGAGUCGUCGUCGACUCGUCGCUGGAAUCUCGACUUCGAGCGCAAAAUUGAUUCUAUGCUUCGAUCUGUUGUAAUUUGGAGUAAUGGAUCUCUGAAUAUUGUUCGAGUUAGGCACUGCUCUGAUCGUUCCGUAGCUUUGAUCGCUGAAAGGUCGCCAAAUCUUCAAGUUCUCUCAAUCCAGUGCUGUCCAAAUGUAACCGAUGAAACAAUGUCUAAGCUAGCCUCUAGGUGCCCUUUGCUUAGGGAACUUGACAUCAGUUUCUGCUAUCAAAUAUCUCACAAGUCUCUAGCUCUUAUAGGACAGCAUUGUCCUAAUUUACGGAUUCUGAGGCGAAAUCUCAUGACUCGAUUUAAUUCUUCCCAACAAGAACGAUUUGUCCCGAGGGAGUAUCUAGAUACCUGUCCUCAAGAUGGCGAUAUAGAAGCUGCUGCAAUAGGGAAAUUUAUACCUCAGCUCAUGCAACUUGAAUUACGGUUUUCCAAGUUGACUAAUAAAGGUCUAGCUUUGAUAUCUGAAGGAUGUGUAAACCUCGAGCAUCUGGAUCUCUUUGGGUGUACAAAUGUUACUAGCCGGGGUAUUGCAAAUGCCUCGUCGAAUCUGAAGCAGUUGAAAACCUUGAAGAAGCCUCACUUCUGCUUAGAAGCACAAACACAGAGGUACGGGCACUGGCAGCUGUAUGAUGAUCGUUUCCAGAUGGAUUUCUUCCGAAUUUAAUCAGGCGAAAAAUGAGUGGUACGUCGUUAUUCAACUGCCUGUAUAUAUUGUUUACUAAAUGAGGGGCUAUAGUAAAAAGUAGAAGAUGCUCCAGUUUAUCAACAGACUUUAGUUGUGUUCAUAUAUUUUGAUUUCCUGUUAACUGUGACUUGUUCUCGCUAUUCUACUUCGAAAACUUUCCUUUUGAGUUGAGGGCCUAUCGGAGCAACCUCUCUACUCCCACAAAGGUAGGGGUUGUCUUCAUCCUUGCCUCAGCAGAGCAGAUCCACUUGUGGGGUUAUACUGGAUACAUUAUCGUUGUUGUUGUCGUCUGUGA